AUGUCGCUUGAUCUCGAGAGACACCUGGUCUUCUAUGCCACUUAUCACCAUAAUCCUGUCAACAAGGCCAUUCACAUGAUUUGCGUCCCGCUCAUCUUGACCUCUGCCUUUGCUGUCGCUACAUACACAGGAACUCUUAUCGAUCUGCCGCCAUGGGCCACAGUCCCCAACCUUGAUUUGAAUCUCGGUACCAUUAUUGCGCUCAUCUACACUGUUCUCUACCUGUUGCUCGAGCCUGUCGCAGGCUUCAUCCUUGCCGCGUUUUGCAUCGGCAGUACUGCCUUUGCCCGUCACAUGAGUUUGCAGAACCCCGAACAGACUCUUCAGUUUGCUGUAGGUGUCCAUAUCCUGGCCUGGAUUGCCCAAUUCAUCGGUCAUGUUGCCUUUGAAGGACGAGCUCCGGGCCUGCUCGACAGACUGCUUCAGGCACUCUUCCUCGCCCCCAUGUUUGUCUGGUUCGAGAUUCUAUUUGUCAUGGGCUACCGCCCAGAGCUCCAGGCCCGCGUGAAUAAGCAAGUCAGCGCCGAGGUUGCCAGGCUUAAUGCUUCGACCAAGAAUGGCAAGGCCGAAUGA